ACGUGUGUAUGUAAAAUAAUAAUGAAAAAAACAAAAAACGUUUAAUUAAUCAGCAUUUAUUGCUGCGUUUGUUUAUGAGCUGGAUAUAACGGCAGAUGAAGUUUGAUUGUUGUGCCAUAUGCUGACUGGCGAGUCCCCAAAAUAGUAUCAAAAUUUCAGUUCAUUGCUUUAAAUCAGUGAGAUCUGAUCUCCUGUAGGUGGUUUCUAUAUUGGGAAACAGAUAAUGUGUAGGAAAUUCAACUCAUUCAACAUUUGACCCAGUGGACAGUCCCGCAUAUGCAAACGCGCAGACGAUCAUCGCGCGCUGAAGAACAGUCCCUCUGUCCAGCGAUCAGCUCGCGUCAAGGGGUGACGCGCCUGACGUCACGCCCUCUUAGCACGUGGGCUGUGGCAUUCAGAGUUCUCAUAAACAAAAGGCACAUUGCGCUCUGGCUCCAGUCUUCGCGUGCUGUCGAAGGAGUAAGGUGCGCAAAGACAGUGGCUCUACAUGCAGACGGAACUUCUAUCAACAGGAACAGCUACAUGGAUACAUAAUUUGCAACUCUUUUAAUAGCGAUUUGAGAAAGGCAAACGAACGAGAGACACGCUCUGACAUCAACCCCUGUUACGAGCCCUGACUUCAGAGAUUGUUCCACGAGAGAUAAAAGUAGCAGGUGUGCGGAGGUAAACUGAAGCAGGCCAGGGAAAUCCAUGCCCUGCGUCCAGGCUCAGUAUGGGACAUCACCUCCAGGAGCCAGCCCUGCAUCUCAGAGUUACAGCUACAACACCACGGGAGAGUACAACUGCGACUUCCUAACACCGGAGUUUGUCAAGUUUAGCAUGGACCUGACUAACGCAGAAAUAGCUGUCACUUCCUCGCUCCCCAGUUUCAGCACCUUUGUGGACACCUACAGUUCCAGCUACGACGUGAAGCCUCCCUGCCUCUACCAAAUGUCCCACUCUGGGGAUCAGCUGUCCAUCAAGGUGGAGGAGAUACCCGCACACAGCUACCAUCAUCAGCAGCAGCAGCAUCAUCAUCAUCAGCCCCACCAGGCUGAGGAGAGCCUACCCCAUACCGGACCUAUAUACUAUAAACCAUCCUCCCCAAACAUCUCCCAGUCACCCAGUUUCCCGGCGCCUCCACACCACACGUGGGAAGACAGCGGGUCCCUUCACAGUUUUCAUCAGAACUACCUGGCGACUUCACACAUGAUAGACCAGCAGCGGAAAAACGCGAUGUCUCGGUUGUUCUCGUUCAAGCAGUCUCCUGUGGACACGCCGAUGUCAAGCUGCCAGAUGCGCUUCGAUGGAUCUCUGCACGUGUCCAUGGGCCCGGACACCCCGGGUGCGCACCGUGCACUGGACAGUUUUGCUUUACCGGCACCUCCGAGGAAACAGCACGCUGUGGGUUUAUCCCAUUCGCUUAACGUCGGACACCCUUUACUGGAAAGCCCGGUGGCCUCACCCCCGGCUAGAGGAUCUCCAUCCAGCGAGGGUUUGUGCGCUGUGUGCGGGGACAAUGCAGCCUGCCAGCACUACGGGGUGCGCACAUGCGAGGGGUGCAAAGGAUUCUUCAAGCGCACGGUGCAGAAAAACGCCAAAUACGUUUGUCUGGCAAACAAAAACUGUCCUGUGGAUAAAAGACGGCGAAAUCGAUGCCAGUAUUGCCGUUUUCAAAAGUGCCUGGUCGUAGGGAUGGUGAAGGAAGUUGUAAGAACAGCCAGUUUAAAAGGUCGAAGAGGUCGACUCCCCUCCAAACCUAAAAGUCCGCAGGAAAUCCCGGUCUCUAUGACACCCGUCAAUCUCCUGAACGCCCUAGUGAGAGCGCACAUAGACUCCAACCCCUCCAUGGCCCGCCUGGACUACUCUAAGUUUCAGGCGAGUCCAGAGUAUCAUAGAGGAGGAGAUGAAUCUCUGCACAUUCAGCAGUUUUACGAUCUUCUCACUGCUUCAAUGAGCAUCAUUCGCGGAUGGGCAGAAAAAAUCCCCGGCUUUACUGACCUGCCCAAAUGCGACCAGGAACUGCUUUUCGAAUCAGCCUUCCUUGAACUUUUUGUGCUGCGGCUGGCUUACAGAUCUAACCUGGCAGAGGACAAACUUAUUUUCUGCAAUGGAGUGGUUUUACACAAGUUGCAGUGCGUGCGUGGCUUUGGGGAGUGGAUCGACUCUAUCGUCGAGUUUUCUUCCAACCUUCAGAACAUGAGCAUAGACGUCUCUGCCUUCUCCUGCAUAUCUGCUCUCACCAUAGUUACAGAGAGACACGGACUAAAAGAGCCCAAGAAAACAGAGGAACUUCAAAACAAGCUCAUAAACUGUCUGAAGGAUCAGGUGUCCUGCAGUGGAGAAUUGUCUAAACUGUUGGAGAAGCUGCCGGAGGUGCGCGCUCUGUGCACGCAGGGACUGCAGCGCAUCUUUUACUUGAAACUGGAGGAUUUGGUUCCCACGCCUGCGAUCAUUGACAAACUCUUUCACGAUACCUUACCUUUCUGAACAAUCGGCUGAACUGCGACAAAUGCUUAAAACCUUCAUGAUUCCUCGAUGUGGCGGACUUGAAGAAAUUAUAUUGCCGGAUGGUAUUUUUUUUUUAACUUUUAUUUUAUUUUUAAGUUUGAAACACGGCUGCCUGGGGACAAAAGUGAACAGCUCUGUUCGAGACAACCGCGGAGGAAAUAAUAUCGAUAGAAUAAAAUAUUGUGGAGAGAAAAGGACUAUUCUUAUGCCUGUUUAAAGUGUAUUCAGUUAUAAACUGAGAAAAGUGCGGUGUGGUGGAAAUGUGUUUGUAUCGUUACGCGUCAUAUUGUUUAUGUUUAUAUACAACUUCUCCUGUGUUAUGCAAGAUGUAGCCUAAUGAUUUAAGGGAUCAAAAUCAUUUCGAGAAGGUACUUUAACCACUAGCUAUAAGUCAUUCUGCAUUAAGAAUAGAGUGAACAGAAGGAUUUUUAAAACUCUAUCUGCAACAUUUCAGAUUUCAGAAUGGAUAAAAGCAUAUAGAGCACGUUUUUGUGUUUAUGGUUUCAUUAGUGAAUUUUAUUGAUAUUAAGAUAUGAAUCGCCUUUUUACAGUUCAGAACGUAUGCAUGGAAUUCGUUAUGAGCUAUUAACUUUCUCCAGCACUUUGUAUUAAUUUCAUAUUGAAAUAAUGUUCGAGAUUUACGUGCAACUGGUUUAAAAUUCUUAACAUUAUGCUUAUAUUUCAGAUCAUUGUUUUCUAUGAUGUUAUGGUUUUUGCACUGCAUUCUAUGUUAAGCUUCUCUCAUCUAGUGUAUUGCUGAAUAAACCUAACUAUUAUAUAUUU